AUGGCCGCGCGGAACGCCUCAGAUUUCCAGUUCACAAGCCCCUCAAUCGACCACGAGUUCUGGAAGGACUUCAGCGAGGCCGAUUGUAUGUGGCUGUAUGCGCCACUGACGUCAUUGGCCAUUGAUCACGAGUUUUGGAAGGAUUUCUCAGAGGAAGAUUGCACGUGCCUCUGUGGCCUGCUGGGCUUCCCGGCGCCUGCAGAUACAUCCAUCGAUCAUGUGUUCUGGGAGGACUACAGCGAGGAGGAGCAGACGUGGCUGUACGGCUUCUCCCCGCCGCGACCCACCAAGCUCGUGAGUCAGCCGCGCAGCAACACGCCCACGCCCACGCACGUCAUAGGUGCACGCGCUGCUGUCACCACCGCUGCUGCCAACCUGAAGACCGCCGCUGUGAAGACCGCCGCUGUGAAGAGCGCUGCUGUCAUGCGCCCUGCUGGUGUGGAGAUUGCUUCCGUGAAGACCCUUGCUGUGAAGCUCGUGGUUUCAGCAGGCAAGGGAACGCCUGCAUUUCCAGCAGCACCAGCCAAGGCUGCUGCUGUAAGAAGCGUUGCUGUUAAGCCUGCAGCUGCAACAGCUAAAAGAACGCCAGGCAAGGCCACACAUGUGACGCCGGCAGAUGCUGUGAAGAGCGCUGCAGUGAAGAUCGUUAAGCCUGCAGCUGCCGCAGCUAAAGCAACGCCAGCCAAGGCCACACGUGUGACGCCUGCAGCUGCGAGGAGUGUUGCUGCAAAGAGCAGCCCAGUGGGGUCGGUUCCAACAAAGGCAGCAGGAGAGAAGGUGAGGGAGCAGGGCAAUGGGAGGGCAGCACAUACGGCGGUGCGUGCAGCAACAGGGAAGGCUACGUUGGGAGGGGUGGAGGCAGCAGGAGGACGAGCAGCAGGCGCGCCACACAGCACUCGUAACCCGGCUGCUCCAGCAGCAGCACUGGCGGCCACUCGCAUUCCCAAACCACGCCCCACUGCACCCAGUGGCAUUCCCAAGCCACACAGCAAGGCACCCAAGGGAAGCAGUGAACGGUGA